GCUCUUCCGGUGGCCGAGAGGGAAAGCAGCGCCAAAGGUCCGAUUAGCGAAAGAAAUCCAGCGUUUUUUGCAAAUAAUACAUGCGUAACUAUUGUUAAUACAAGCUACAUCAUGGGAGGUGAUAAAAGACCGAGUCGAGGUGAACGCAGUGGGAGGUAUGGCUCAGAUGGCCACAGAGAUGAUGAUGACUACCAUGACCGAAGAAGCCGAGAUGAAGAUCGAGAUUAUGAUCAUCGAUGGAGUGAUGAGAGGCACAGGGAUCGAUAUGAUGACUACAGUCCAGAGAGGGGACGAAAGCGUCGCCACAGUAACGACUCAGAUGAUGAGUAUGACAUGGACUAUCCAGAUCAAGAUGGGAGGAUGGAGUCUGAUGAAGAAAGCAAGACCAUAAUGCUUCGUGGCCUGUCUCUUCAUGUGACUGAAGAUGAUAUUCGCACAGCUCUGGAACAACUGCCUGGACCACAGCCUGUAGAUAUCCGUCUGAUGAAGAAACGCACAGGUAUAAGCCGAGGUUUCGCCUUCGUGGAGUUUUAUCACUUGCAAGAUUCAACACGAUGGAUGGAGACCAAUCAGAACAAGUUGGUGAUCCAAGGGAAAAGCAUUGCUGUGCACUAUAGCAACAGACGACAGAAAUCCGAGAACUGGCUUUGUAAUUCAUGUGGUCUUUAUAAUUUCCGGAAAAGACAAAAGUGCUUUAGAUGUGGAGCUGCUCAGGCCGGAGACUUGAGUCAAUGGAACAAUGGAGACACGAUCAUCUUGAGGAACAUAGCGCCAGACUCUUCUGUUGAUGGCAUUUUGUCCUUACUGUCUCCAUUUGUGAACCUGAAUGCUGGACACAUCCGCCUCAUCAAAGACAAACAAACUGGACAGAACAGAGGCUUUGCUUUUGUGCAGCUCUCCUCGCCACUGGAGGCGUCACAGCUGCUCACCAUGCUCCAGGGUCUUCAGCCUCCAUUGAAGCUCGAUGGAAAAACUAUUGGUGUGGAUUAUGCCAAAAGUGCCAGAAAGGACUCCACUCUGGCCGAUGGGAUUCGGGCCAAUGCUCUCUCUGUCGCCAGUACGGCCAUCGCAGCUGCUCAGUGGUCCUCCAGCCAGUUGAAGCAAGCCGCCGCAGCAGCUGCUAAUUCAUCCUUUGUGACAGCUCCUGAGGUCUAUGCACAACAGGUGCAGAGUUACCAGCUGCCUGAAGGCUUGGCCCCUGUUGGAGAUGGUUUACUUGGAGCUGCUCCAAAUCUAAUGCCUCCAGGUGUGGUCCUGUCACAUGCAGCUCAGGUAUAUCAGCCUGUUGUGAUGGCUCAGGCACACAUGCAGUUGGUGAAUCCAGCUGAUGCUCAGGCUGCUCUCACUGCAUCACUGCCGGUGUCGUCUAAUCCUGCAACCACAGUUAUGGCCAACACAUCAACCACAGUUGUCCCGGACACGUCCUCUUACCAGUAUGAUGAAUCUUCAGGUUACUACUACGACCCUCAGAGUGGGCUCUACUAUGACCCCAACAGCCAGUAUUACUAUAACUCGGAGACGCAGCAGUAUCUGUAUUGGGACAGUGAGAAGCAGACCUAUGUCCCUGCUACAGGAUCAGAGACAAACACAGAGGAGGCGUCCACAACAAACACCUCAAACUCAGCCUCAACUAAAGAGCCAAAAGAGAAGAAGGACAAGCCCAAAAGCAAGUCCGCACAACAGAUUGCAAAGGACAUGGAGCGUUGGGCCAAAACUUUAAACAGACAAAAGGAAAACAACAAGAAUAGUUCAGGAGCUUCCAGAGAGGAGGAGAGGAGGGAGUCUGCCUCUGCAGACGCGGGAUUCUAUCUGUUUGAGAAAAAGCAAAUGGGAAUUGAAAUACCAUCUUCAGUGACUGAACCAUUGAGGAAUCAAGAGCAGGAGCCUGCAUCUAAGGCUGUUUUGGUGCCGUCGUACAGCGGGGACAGUGAUCCAGAGGAAUCCCCAGCUGAUGAAGAGGCUAAGAUCACCGACUGGACAAAGAUGGUGUGUCUUUUGUGCCGGAGACAGUUCCCCACAAAGGACGCGUUACUCAGGCACCAGCAGCUCUCUGACCUCCACAAGCAAAAUUUGGAAAUUCAAAGGAGAACCAGGCUGUCAGAAGCUGAACUGGAGGAGCUCGAGAGAAGGGAAGCAGAGCUCAAAUACAGAGACCGAGCUGCUGAGAGGAGAGAGAAAUACGGAGUCCCUGAACCUCCGGCUCCAAAGAAGAAAUUUAAGAAGCACCAACCGGCCCCUACAGUGAACUAUGAACAGCCCACUAAAGACGGACUGACCAGUGACAACAUUGGGAACAAAAUGCUGCAGGCGAUGGGCUGGCAGGAGGGCAAAGGCCUGGGACGACAUCAACAGGGAAUCACCACUCCCAUCGCUGCUUCAUUGAGGACUAAAGGCACUGGUUUGGGUGUGAAGGGAUCUGCGUAUGAACUGUCCCCCUCAGACACGUACAAGGAUGCUGUCCGAAAAGCCAUGUUUGCCAGAUACACUGAGCUAGAGUGAAAUGAUAAACUUGAUUACAUUUAAGUGGAGGGGCCAAGACAUAUUUUUACUGUGAAAUUCGUGUAUUUCUAUUCUGUAUAUAACAUAUUCUGUAUGAAGGUCGUAUUAAUUGAUUUGUCAUGUUUUUGUGCAUUACUUUAUUUGUCGAUUAAACUGACGGACAUCAA